AUGUCAAAAUUACUUGUGGUCAUCGGCGCAACUGGUGGUCAAGGCUCGAGCGUUGUCGAUGCUUUCCUAUCGAAUCCUGAUUAUCGCAUCCGCGGUGUUACUAGGAACAUGUAUACUGAUAGAGCUAAGGCACUCGCCUCAAAGGGCGUGGAGGUUGUUGAAGCGAAUCAAAACGACGAGGCGAGCCUCCGCCGGGCUUUCGAUGGUGCAUACGCCAUAUUUGCCGUCACGGACUACUACGACUUCUUCUUCAAGAUAGGCAAGGACGCUUCGAUCGAACUUGAAUACACCUACGGCACCAACAUGGCCCGAGCUGCAUCCCAAAUCCCAACUUUGCGGUCUUACAUCUGGAGCACGUUGCCUAACACGCGCCAAAUCACGGGUGGCGAACUUGUCGUGCCUCACUUCCAGGGUAAGGGGCAGGUUGAUACGUAUAUCAAAGAGAGCCUCCCGGAGCUAUAUGAGAAAACCACGUUCGCUGUUUUCACCAUCUUUGCAGUGAACAUGCAUCAAUAUCCCAUCUUUCGCCCCACUUGGCUGGCAAGCGCUCGAAAAUGGGUACAAUUCUACCCCACAUCGCCCGAGUCGCCAUACCCGUGUCUUGGAGACCAUACCGUCAAUAGCGGUAUCUUCGUGCGAGCGAUGAUUACGAACCGUCCCAAGCCGGGCACCUACGUGAGAUGUAGUGUCGAGAAUCUGACGCUCGAGUCGUACCUGGCGUUGUGGGGUAAGGCGAGUGGUCUUUCACCAGCGCCCAAUUCGACUAAAGUGGUUGAAUUGACUGUGUCUGACUAUGUGUCACUUUGGGGCGAUAUGGGCGAGGAGCAGGCUAGUCAAUGGAUUUUCUUCAAAUGGCUAGCAGACAAGAAGGAGCAAGGUGUUCUGGGAGAAGGCUUUCCAGGGAUGGAGAUAAUCGAGGGCACGACAUUACUUUCAGAUGAAGACAAGGUAGGAUUAAAGUCUGUAGAGAAGUCUCUCAGGGACCUUGAUUGGACUGGUAUUGUUGAACUCCCGGAUACUCCAAAGGGGACAGCACGGGACGUCAGAAUUUGA